CGCAACAGAAGCUUCGGAAUCAGGUCGUGGCGGUGGUGCAGGCGGUGAAUAAGAAGGGCGAUUUUGACCGGCACGAUGUGGUAUGCAUUGCAAAAAUGUAGUUUGGGUCUGGAAAAAUGCCAGGUUUGUCAUGGUCUGCUAGCUUGACUGUCAAGUCUGUCAUGCAAGGUACCCAAAAGCGCCACUUUUGUGUCAUGCAAAAACCCAGGCUCUCAUGCAGAAUAGGCAACACCUAGCGACUCAAAAACCUGUCAUGCUGAGCCGUCAUUUCUGGCGUUCUCUUGAUUCGCCAACAAGCAUCACAAGUUUCCAGACCCAGACAUUUUUCCAUUUGAUACGUGGAGAUCAUGAACAUCUUGGCGUCGGAGAUCGCGAAUCAUUUUGACCGGUUAACCUUGACGAUUUUGCACGAGAAAGCGAAGAUCGGGGCGCCGACGCAGGUGGAGUUGACCACGGCG